AUGGAGAGCGAAAAGAAAUCGGCUUCAAUAUCAAACUUUGGAGCAUGGGGUAUGAACGUUGUAAGUUCCGUUGGAAUUAUCAUGGCUAAUAAACAGCUCAUGUCCAAUAAUGGCUAUGCUUUCACCUUCGCCACUACAUUGACCGGCUUCCACUUUGCCGUAACCGCUCUCGUCGGUCUUGUCUCCAAUGCUACCGGUUAUUCUGCUUCCAAACAUGUCCCUCUUUGGGAGCUUCUUUGGUUCUCAGCUAUUGCCAAUAUAUCUAUCACAGGGAUGAACCUCAGCCUCAUGCUCAAUUCUGUUGGUUUCUACCAAAUAUCAAAACUAAGCAUGAUUCCCGUGGUUUGUGUCAUGGAAUGGAUCCUUCACGGCAAACACUACUCCAGGGAAGUCAAAACGGCAGUCAUGAUUGUGGUUAUUGGUGUGGGUGUUUGCACUGUAACUGAUGUUAAAGUUAACCUCAAAGGUUUCGUCUGUGCCUGUCUAGCCGUUGUAUCAUCAUCUUUACAGCAAAUUUCAAUUGGAUCUCUACAAAAGAAGUAUUCAAUUGGAUCUUUUGAAUUGUUAAGCAAGACUGCUCCUAUUCAAGCCCUCUCUCUUAUUAUUCUUGGUCCAUUUAUUGAUUACUAUCUCAGUGGCAAGUUGAUAACCAACUUUAAGUUGUCUUCCGGUGCCAUUAUAUUCAUUCUUCUUUCAUGCAGCCUAGCCGUGUUUUGCAAUAUAAGCCAGUACCUCUGCAUUGGGCGCUUCUCAGCAGUUUCCUUCCAGGUUUUAGGCCACAUGAAAACAGUAUGUGUUCUGACUUUGGGGUGGCUACUAUUUGAUUCAGAGCUAACUUUCAAGAACAUCAUGGGAAUGGUUCUUGCAGUUGUUGGGAUGGUAAUUUAUAGUUGGGCUGUCGAGCUUGAAAAGCCAUCAAAUGCAAAGACUCUUCCUCAUUCAAAAAACAGCCUAACUGAAGAAGAAAUUAGACUAUUGAGGGAAGGGAUAGAUACCAGUACGUUGAAAGAUGUUGAACUUGGUGAGGCUAAAGUUUAG